UCUCGACAGCCUCGCUUUGAUUCUGUUCGAUCUAAAAAUGGCGGCGCGUAUUUCGCACGUGAAGAAAAUACUAGCGAAACACCCGAAUUUAGAAAUCGUAGAAGAGAAUUCUGAGCGACCUAAGGUGAGGUGUAAGCUAACAGGCCAUGAGUUGCCAUGCCAACCAGCAGCUAUUGACACCUACAUUAGAGGCAAAAAAUACCAAAGACUUUGUGGGAGUGAACCAAAAGAAGUUGCUAUCAAAGAUGAAUGGAGGAAAUUCUUGGAUGUGUCUGUAAAGAGAAGAAACCAGUAUUAUUGCAAGCUCACCAAGAGAUAUCUCAACAACCUUCCACACCACAUAGAGCGACACUUUGCCGGCAAGCGCUUUCAAAAAGCUUUAGAAAAAUAUGAUUCAUCAGAUGACCUUCCUGGUGAACCAGGUGUCAAGGAUCCUUCCAAGACCGAUACUAUCGUGCAAGAUAUUUGGGUGCCGCCUGAUGUUGAGUCUGACCAUGAUGAGGACUAUGUUCCUGAUCUGGAGGGAUUUGAGGGAAGUGAAGAUGAAAAGGGCGUGGCGGACGAUAUGGAAAUGGAAAGUGAUGGACUAGAAACUUCAGAAAGCAAAAAAGAGUUGAAAAGUGAUACCAAAUCGGUUAAAAAAGCAAACAAGAGAAAGACAAUGAAUGAGUCUGAAUCAACCAAGACAAAGAAACCAAAGAAAGCAAAAGAUUCUGAGAAACGGACUCCAAAGAAAAAGAACACAACAAAACUCCCAAAGCGGAAAAGUCCCAAGAGACGGACGGACAAGAAAUGCUGACAUAUUACGGAACAUGGAGGCCCCAUGCAUAAGCCUCACAAUUAGCAUUAGAAACAGAAAGCGGCCGGAAAUAUCUCUGAGAAUCCUGAGGUUUUUACUGCUAUGUAUUCCUGGAAAUGUUAAUUGAUGUAGGAUUUGUAUAUCUUUUGCCUCUGGAAGUUAUAGUUGGGAUGACAAAAUUAUAAGAUUAAAUUGUCUUCACUUAAAAA